ACUUAAUCCUACCUCAGUGCAGGGAACUGACCUAGGUGGCCUCAUGAGGUUCCUUCCAGUCCUGCAUUUAUAUGAUCCUAUCGUUCCACCCCAUCCCGCCCCAGCCAAAAAAAUCCAAAAAUGUAAAAACCAUCUGUUCCCUAGGUAAAAGCACCUUCUUAGUUGAAUUUUCAGAAGUGUUCACUAAUGAUUGCUCUGUUUUUAUGAGCCCAGCUUGAGACACCUUAUGUGUGACUUUUAAGAGCUGAAGAGUCGCAGAUCCCAUUGACUCCAGCUGGAAAUACAGGGGCUUAGCACUUGUUAAAAUUAGACAUGAAGUGCCUCAAAUUUCACACAUGCAAUCAGCGAACGCUUCAAAAAAAAUGUUGACCGCAAUAAUUUUCUAGUCAAGGAAUGCACAGUACUUUUCUCAUUUCCCUUCAGUAGUUGUAUGGUUUGCAUUAUCACUUGCUAAAUAUGUAUUACAAUAUGCCACUUGAAGGUUCUGCAGCUGAGGAGUGUGGUAAAUAGUUGCUCCCUCUGCCCCAGUCUGCAUCUGGGCAGCUUACAUUUGGGUUUCUCCUUCCCAUCCGUCUAGGAAUCACAAUCGUAUCACACAAUCAUGUUACUUCUGAACUUCUUAUCGUUCUUCUGAUUCCUUCUUCCUUUCCUCCGCUCCCACAUUGCCCUCACCCUGCUGACUUCUGAGCCCUGUUGCAUGUGUCAAAGUGUAACCAUGAAAAAGAAAAUAGAGGACGUACCUCUGCAGAAAUGUGGUUUUAGUGCCGAAUACACAUGAUGCGAGCCCCUCAAUAUGUGCAUUUCUAGUCACCGCUCUUCAUGAAGAAUUACAUUGCAAAAGAGUUUUCUCUGGCAGCGCGGCAUCAUAUUCUUUAUGGCCACUAAUUACAUAGUUAGUGGAUGUGGGCUUUUCAUGUCAACCAGCCUUCAUUAGGAUAGUAAUACUGCUGCAGUAGCAUGGCUGAACAAAAAUGAUCUCUUAAUGGUGACUCUGAUUGAAGUGAGAGCAUCCUCCUCCGUGAGUAUCUUGGGAAAGGGGCAGGAGGUGGAAGUCAUUAGUUAGUUGGAAGUUCUUUGGGGCAAGUUCUGUUCAGUGUGUGUUUGUACAGUGCCUAGCACAGUGGGAUCCUGGACCAUGAUUGGGGCUCCUGCAAUACAAAUAAUAAUCAGAAUGUCCUACUUAUGUCAGGGGCAAGUAGUAAAUAUUGGAAAAUUUGUUUUUAAAAAGCCGUUUUGGUGGUUCUGUCAUCUUAGAUAGAUGUCCUUGCAAAAUCAUCACAAAAAUUUACACAGCAUAGACACAAUCUACUCUCUUAUCUCACCAGGUGAUACAAGCUUAUACAUAGUCCGUGAAACAAGUUUAUUAACUACAGAAAACUAAAUGUCAGAACUGGUUACAAGAAGAAAAAAAAGUAAAAGUAAAACACAACUAAUGCCUAACUUAAUAAGCUAAGUGAAUUCAAAACAAAGGUCUUUCUCACCACAGUCUUAUUGGCUGAAUUUCUUUCAAUCAGGGUCUCUCCCCAAGUCCAAUGUUUCUUCCUUUGUUCUUGAGGUGAUGUGGAUAGAGAGAAAGAAGAGAGAACAUGGGACAUCUACUCUACUUUCUUGCAGUUUCUUCUCUUCUUUGGGAAACUGGCUCAGGGAAGACGACUCAGAUCCCACAAUACCUCUAUGAAGCAGGAAUCGGCCGCCAAGGCAUCAUUGCGGUGACUCAGCCUCGUAGAGUAGCUGCUAUAUCCUUAGCUACUAGAGUUUCGGAUGAGAAGAAAACAGAGCUGGGGAAACUGGUCGGCUACACAGUGCGCUUUGAAGAUUUCACCUCAGAAGAGACGCGAAUCAAGUUCCUAACGGAUGGGAUGCUUCUCCGCGAAGCCAUUGGCGAUCCCCUGCUGCGCAAAUACAGUGUCGUCCUUCUAGACGAAGCUCACGAGAGGACAAUACACACAGAUGUGCUCUUUGGGGUGGUGAAAGCAGCGCUAAAGAAACGGAAGGAUUUGGGCAAAUUCCCCCUCAAAGUGGUGAUCAUGUCAGCUACUAUGGAUGUAGACCAGUUCUCUCAGUACUUCAACGGAGCCCCAGUCCUCUAUCUAGAAGGUCGGCAACAUCCAAUCCAGAUCUUUUACACCAAACAGCCUCAGAGUGAUUACCUCCAAGCAGCUCUGGUGUCGGUCUUCCAAAUCCAUCAGGAAGCACCUUCUUCUCAGGACAUCCUGGUGUUUCUAACUGGUCAGGAAGAGAUCGAAGCGAUGACCAAAACUUGCCGAGACAUCGCCAAGCACCUUCCCGAUGGCUGCCCCCAGAUGGUGGUGAUGCCCCUCUAUGCUUCGCUGCCAUACUCGCAGCAGCUCCGAGUCUUUCAGGCCGCACCAAAGGGCUAUCGCAAAGUGAUCCUUUCGACCAACAUUGCAGAAACCUCCAUCACCAUUGCAGGAAUAAAAUAUGUUGUGGACACAGGCAUGGUUAAAGCAAAGAAGUUCAGCCCUGAGAGUGGACUGGAGGUGUUGGCUGUGCAACGGGUGUCAAAGGCCCAGGCAUGGCAGCGAACAGGGCGAGCGGGACGAGAGGAUAGUGGAAUCUGUUACCGGCUCUACACAGAGGAUGAGUUUCAGAAGUUUGAUAAAAUGACGAUACCUGAGAUACAGAGGUGUAACCUGGCCAGUGUGAUGCUACAGCUCCUGGCUCUGAGAAUUCCCAACGUUCUCACCUUCGAUUUUAUGUCCAAACCAUCCCCAGAUGCCAUUCAGGCAGCCAUUGAGCAACUGGAUCUGCUGGGGGCUGUGGACCGGAAGGAGGAUCAGGUUACUCUGACUCCACUGGGAAGGAAGAUGGCAGCAUUUCCUCUGGAGCCCAAAUUCUCUAAAACUAUCCUCACGUCCCCCAAGUUCCACUGCACGGAGGAGAUCCUGACCAUUGUGUCCCUGCUCUCGGUGGACAGCGUCCUCUACAACCCCCCAUCCCGGCGGGAUGAAGUGCAGUCUGUCCGAAAAAAGUUCAUUUCCAGUGAGGGGGAUCACCUCACCCUGCUCAACGUAUACAGAGCCUUUAAAAAUGUCAGCGGCAAUAAGGAAUGGUGCAGAGAGAACUUUGUGAACAACAGGAACAUGACGCUGGUGUCAGACGUCAGAGCUCAGCUCAGGGACAUUUGCCUAAAGCUAUCAUUACCGAUUGAGUCCUCCCGAUCGGACACGGGGAAUAUCCGCCGCUGCCUGGCUCACAGCCUCUUCAUGAACACUGCAGAGUUGCAGCCGGAUGGCACCUAUGCCACCGUAGACUCCCACCAGCUGGUGGCAAUCCAUCCCUCCUCAGUCCUCUUCCACUGCAAGCCAGCCUGCGUAACGUACAACGAGCUGCUUCACACCAACAAGUGCUACAUGAGGGACUUGUGCGUGGUGGAUGCAGAUUGGCUGUAUGAUGCUGCACCCGACUACUUCCGCAGGAAGCUAAGAGCAGCCAAGAACUGACCCACCCUUGGCGCCACGGAGCUAACUGUGGGGGAUUCCUGGGGUCACGGGAUCAGAUUUUUGUAACGAAUGUACAGGAACAAUAGAGCUUUGCCUUGCCAAUCUGGUAGGACUGUACAGGAAAUGGCUUCUCUGCAAGAGCCAUACCUCAUGCACUGUUGCUGCACUGGCUUAGAACAAUCAUCUUUUAUGACAGUUAGUAGAUAAAAGGGGAACAUUAUACAUGUAUAUAGUAUGUUUGUGAAUAUAUAUAUGUAUAUAUUUGGGGGUUGGGGGUGAUGGUCUUGGAUUCCAAUUUUUAAAACAGAGGUAUAAUGGGGUUGUGUAUGAAGCAAUGAGAGCCCCAAGGGGACUCUUUUGAGCAGACCUGGGAUUUUUUGACAAUUGCCCUUGUAUCCUUCGCAGGUUUUAUCAUCAGAAAGUUUUAAAUCUCUAUGUAUAAUUAUAUUAACAGGACAAAAAUACCUUUUUUAAAUGUACAUUUUUCGGAGGGAGGUGCUAAUGUAUUUUACCUCAUCAGACAUCUUUCUGCCUGAUGUCACUUUCACCACCUUGUUUGACCCAUCUGAAAGCCAGUACAGAGUUAUCUGAAUAGACAGCUCUUCAUCACCUGUGCCUGUUUGUUAGACAAACCUUGCGGGGCUGAUAGAGGUGAAGUGCCACUAAGAGAGGAUGAUCAGUAACCCAUAUCGUCUGCUAGCAGAGAGACUGCCGGCAUGUCUUUCAAAUGCUUUGUUAGUUUCUCAUUGCUGCAUCACCAGCCUAGCUGUGUCUUUUUAAACAAAGUUAGUCUCCAUCAUCCAGUUGGUUUUCAUGUAGCUAUGUAACGAACUGGGUGCCAUGCAAGUAAAACGCUUCUGCGGCUGCCCCCAUAUGGCCACACCAAAGUGCCAAUAGUUAAAUCUAAGGAGAGGAUCAGCCACUGCAGAGCUCUUAUAGGUAGUAUGUAUUGUUAAAGAAGUUGGGUAACAUUUCCCCUAUGAGUUGGAUGUUUCUGCUACCUGGCAACAAGCUAUCGUGAAAUCUAAGUCUUGCUUGGGCAGGCAUGGCUAGUUAUAUUUUUCUAGCAAUUUAUAACUGUGUAAUCCAUAGAAGAGUCAUAAAACCGCACAUGGUAAAACAGAUAUUUACAACUGAGAUGGUGAAAGAAGUUAAGUAUAAAGAUUCCAGGCUCUUUACAUGACAGACGGUCUAACGAAUCAUCAAUAUCUUCCAUACUUGCUUUUCAGCAUUCCCACAAAGCACAGAUCUUUAAAGAAAUCUUUGCUUCUUACUUAGGAAGCCAAUUAGACUGUUAAAUGAUGUUGAGUUUGGCAAUGGUCUAUUAUGCAUCUCCUCUCUCCAAAUGCCACUUGACUUUAUAACCAGCUGUCUUCUGCGUACAGUUUUUUCCUCUGCUUUGCUAUUGAGACAUUAUUAUUCCUCAGUAUGUGCAUGAGUGUGGGGGGUUGAAUUUGGACUGUUAACUUCUGUAUAUUGCCAUCUGAAAUUUUUGUGCCAGUCUUUGCCUGAAGAGAUUUUCUUUGUCAUGGCAGCCAAAGAUUUCAAAGCAGAAGCAAAGACUUUGUUCCAGACUGAACCCAGAACUCUGGCAGCAAAGAAAUUGCCCUCCACUAUGCCUGUCCCCACACACCUUUUGUUCAUCCUUCCUUCUUGGCCACAUUAAAACUUCCAAGUUCACUGCUUGGAGAUAGCAGAUCACAAUAAGUCUUAUCUUUCGCAAUAGCUCAUCUGGUUAUUUUGUGGCAAACUUUCCAGAAAAAAAAUAUGAAGAUGUUAUUUGCAGUCAGACUUCCUUCAAAAGCUCUUUAAUCAUCAGAUAUUUAUUUCCCCCAUUACAGUUUUACACCAGUAUUUUUCUGCUUUUCUUGAUUAUUUUUGUCCUUCAUUAGACAUUUGUAGCAUGUCAACAUUGGUUAGGACGCUACAUCUGUCUUUGGUAUUUUGGGCUUCAUCCAGCAUCAUAGCAUCUAGUGGCCAGAUUCUACACUGAAGGAAAAUGGCAAUAAGAACCAAUCUUAUUUUUUAAUCCUGUGUUUUAUACAGGGACUAAGGCAGGUUCAGCCAGUCUAAUUACUUGAUUGUCCAAAUAUUACUUGCCCAGUAAUGUCUUGAAUGAGUGGAAUGGACUGUUCUAUUAUGACUGAAUGGGGACUUAGAAAAAUUGUAAGAAUUUUUUAAAUUAUAUCCUUAUGAGUACUUCUAAAAUAACUUCUCUGGGAGAGCAACUUCUAGUUUCAGCAGAAAUCUCUUUGCACAGUUUGAGUUGUUCAGUUUUAGGAUGAGAUGAAUUAAAACAGAUCAGAUUUCUAGAAGGGGAAGAUGGGAAACUUUUAUUAAUGAAUGUGAUUAGUUAACAUGAGCUGCUCUGGGAUAUCCCAGUUUGACUAAAAUGGUGUAGUCCACUCUUGUAUUUUUCAAACAUCAAUUUUACUUUUUAUUUUAAAUGUUUCAAUGGUGCUGCUCAGGGAUAGAAUCAUAUUGGAAAACCCAUUAAACUUGUGAACAGAUAAGCUGUUGACUUCACUGUGUGAUCUACAGGGAGAAGUUAUGCUUUCUAUCUUGAACUUUUUUUUUCUGGUUAAAUUUUUCACAAUUACACAGUAUGUUGCAAUAUGCCUUCUCGCCAGGCUACUAUUAUUCUGACUACCUUGGUCCUCACCAGUGAAAUCUAUGACAAAUACCUCUCUUUAAAACCUGAAUUACACUCCGAAAUAUCUGCAAAUCACUGGUUCCUAAGAGCAGCAUUAGUGUAAAUAGGUGCAUUCCAUUUACACAGUAUGCCUAGAAUAUCUUCCCCUCUGCUUCCAGGAAUAGUGAAGUGUAUCAAUCUAUUUCCAGACAGGGUGAUACUGAGUUUUUACAGGGGUCUAGAGGAAAUGUAUAAAUGUAUCCCUUGGUUGUGCCUCUCACUGUAUCCUUGCUGGUAAGAAACAUGCUGAGGGGCUGGGGGCAAAAUUGCCACCUUUCUGUGUAUGACCAGCUGCAAUUCUGGAUGGCAUUUCAACAGUAUGCUGCUACUUCAGUUGUUGUAACUCGUACAAACCGCAGGGAAUUACCAAGCACUGUAUAUAAUUAUUCCUGUGUUUAUACAGAAACUCUGCAUCUGUAGGGGAAAGUGGAAUAAAAGCACACUUUGUUUGGACAGCCUAUUAACUAUGUUUGGGGAUUGGGUGGGGGAUGGGAGAUCCAUUCAGAAAUAACUAAUUUGUACAUUUGACUUUCCCAUAAUAAAGAGAUGGCUAAACUCCAA